CCGCUGCUGGGCGCCCGGCCGGGCGGGCCGCUCUCCGGGGGCAGCCCGGCGCGGGGCAGCGCCUUCACCACGGUGCCGCAGCUGGGCGGCAAGGCGGAGGAGCGGAAAAGCGCCUUCUCCCAGCCCGCCCGCUCCGCCUUCCCGCCGCACGUGGCGCCGCUGGGGCUGGCCCCGAAGCUGGGCAGCCUGGGCGAGCCCUGCCCGGAGGCCGCCGCCCGCCUCUACCCGCCCGACCCGCUGGCCGCCAAGCUGCCCGGCGGCGCCGAGCUGCCCGGCGCCGGCGGGGCGCCCAAGCAGAGCCCCUUCCUCUACGCCACCGCCUUCUGGCCCAAGAGCUCGGUGGCGGCGGCGGCCGGGCCGCUCCAGCUGCAGCUGCCCUCGGCCCUGACCCUGCUGCCGCCCUCCUUCACCUCGCUGUGCCUGCCGGCCCAGAACUGGUGCGCCAAGUGCAACGCCUCCUUCCGCAUGACCUCCGACCUGGUGUACCACAUGCGCUCGCACCACAAGAAGGAGUACGCCAUGGAGCCGCUGGUCAAGCGCCGCCGCGAGGAGAAGCUCAAGUGCCCCAUCUGCAACGAGUCCUUCCGCGAGCGCCACCACCUCUCCCGGCACAUGACCUCCCACAACUGAAUGGGGACGUGUGCGGGGGGGGGGGGCUCCCCCGUGUAUAGUGACAGGGCCACACACACCCUCCCAGCAGCCAAACGGCCCCCUCUGGCCCGCCUCUGCCCAUCGCUGGGGGCCUUUUCCAGGGCAGUCACAGCAGGGGGGGAUUUGAUCCCCGCGGGCCUACCUUUUCCAAGCUGAUUUGGGGUGUUUCAGAGACAAGGUGGGUGAGGUGCUAUCUUUGAUCUGCUGGGGAGAGAGAGGAGCUUACCUAGGGUGACCAGAUAGAAAGUGUGA